AUGGAGCUGCUAUCACGUAUUUCGCUGAUCGGUGGGUAUGUGGCGCAGACGUCGUACACUUCGGGGCGGCUGCGGCAGCUGGCGGCGCGCAUCCCGGGGCCCGAACCAUGGCCUCUGGUGGGCAACGCGCCGCUCUUCUGCAGGAAUCCCCAGCGCGCCUUCCAGACGGUGCUGGCGCUCAUAGAGCAAUACGGACCCACCAUCCGUAUCUGGAUCGGCUCCAAACUCUACAUCGUCGUCACUGACCCUCAGGACAUCGCGUGCGUGCUGGGGAAUUCUUCAAUGAUUUCCCGUGACAGCUACAUCAACAGACUAGCCAGCAAUUUAAUGGGCCAGUCCCUGAUCACAGCCAGCGGAGAACUGUGGAAGGCGCACCGCAAGAUCGUCGCACCAGCCUUCAGCUCCAACGUCCUGCAGGUGGUGCUGGACUACCUGCUAGCGGCCACGGAGUCUGGCGGCCGCCUCAGCGAGACUGAGCUGCAGGACGAGGUGAACACGCUGCUGUCGGCGGGCUACGAGACCACGGCCACCACCAUCUGCUUCGCGCUGCUGCUGCUCGGCAUGUACCCGCGCGUGCAGGACAACCUGGUCGCAGAGCUGGACGCCGUCUUCGGAGACGACCCGCAGCGAACCCCCACAGCGGCUGACCUGCGUCGCCUGCAUUAUCUCGACGCUGUCAUUAAAGAGACGCUGCGGCUGUUCCCGCCGGCGCCGAUCAUCCACCGCGAGGUGGAGACGUCGGAGCUGAAGAUCGGCGGCUGCACGCUGCCGGUGGGCGCCUCGGUGCUGGUGCUGAGCUACUCGGCGCACCGCCACCCCGACCACUUCGACAGCCCGCAGCACUUCUGCCCGGAGCGCUUCUCGGAGCCGCGCGCGCGGCCGCGCCACCCGUACGCGUACGUGCCGUUCGGCGCGGGCCCGCGCAUCUGCGUGGGGCGCGCCUACGGCCUGCUGCUGGCCAAGGCGGCCGUGGCGGCCGUGCUGCGCCGCCUGCGCGUCGAGUCGCGCCUCACUCGAGGCCGGCUUCCCCGUCGAGCUGUUCCCGCGCUACCCCGCCUACUACCGCCCGGAGGCGCCGGCGCCGGCGCCGCCCGUCUGCGGCCUCCUCCACAGGCGUCUCUCCGCGGCUCACAUCUCGGCCACGAUACCUCAAGAGGAGGAGCCGGAGUACAACGAGACGGCGCCGCGGCGCGCCAGCUACAACUGGUGAGGGCGGGCGGACUAUCGGCAAACAGAUUACACGGGACGCGACAAGUGCUGCGGAGGCGGCUUGCGGCCUGCCGUGGACGCUGCCGCUGUCCGAAGGCGCUGCGCAGGCGGCUGACCACGGGCUCAGCAUCACCCCUUCACUGCGGGCGUCUGCAGCGACUCAGAAUGCCCAACACCCAGGCAGUUUCAGAUACCGUCUCGACGGUAGAGUGAGAUCGUUUCAUGACGAUCUCGUUGAAUUUCCAUGUGUGUUCGUUACUAUAGUUUUGUUACUAUAGUUAAUACUUGUUCCCAUUUCCAGAAAGCUUAAAUAACGUAGUGCGUUAAGAACAACCUUGUUAAUUUUUUUUUCGGGUCAUUAGUCUCUUGACUUGUUUGAUGUGGCCCGCCACGAAUUCCUCGCCUCUGCCAACCUCUUCAUCCCGUAGGAGCAUUUGCAACCUAUGUC